AAUUCUCCUCCAAACGUGUGGCUCCUUCCAGGCUUCAGCCACACUUCGCGUUAGCUCAAAGAUGACGACAACAGAGCGCGACGGACGUGACCGCGACUGCGCCUGCGCGGAAACGUCAUCGUAUUUUUCCUCGACGCAGCUGGCGAUGUAAACAAGAAAAGGCAGUCGAGGGCAACGGGGAUCAAACAGGCCCGCGGUCACCGCAAAUGGUAGCCAUUAAAUACGCGUAGGAAGGCCGACAUGGGGCUCCCUGUGACUAUUAAAGUAAAUUUCCGUGGCAACGUGAAGAGGUUUCUGGCUCAGGACUUGGACAAAUUGGAGUGGGAGUCCGUUGAAGCCUGGAUUAAAGCAUCUUUUGGGAUCAACCACUUUCAAGUGAAAUAUUUUGAUGAAGACAACGAAGAGAUUUGCAUAAACAGUCAAGAUGAGUAUGAAGAAGCCAUCAAGAGUGCAGAAAAGCAGGGGAACCAGUUACACAUGAACGUGUACAAGAUGAAGGGUCAGGCCUGUGGAGGCCCACUGAAAACGGAGGUGAAGGAGCUGAAAGGAGACCUGCGACCUGCUCCUCCUUACCCGUCACGGGUCAAAACCGUAGACAAAGGCACUCAGGUCACUCCAGAGCGUGAAACUGUACCAGUUAAAGACAACAAGGGGAACAAACCUGAAGAUGAGCCUCCUCCCAUGUGGUUUAGAUCGUACAUGGAAAAGUUUAAGGAUGAAGUUGUGAAGGAGGUAGUGGAAAGGAUGUGCAACGACUUCUCCGGACAGUGCUGUACCCACAAAUCCUCCGAUGGGCUCCAGGAGCUCAGCGGUGCUUGUGGAGGUCCCGUGGAGCCGGUGCCGGGCCCCUCCACCUCGAAUGGAUCGCUUGGCUACACCCCGAACUGCAGCACCUGCAACAAACUCACCUCUGAGGGGGCUUACAAAUGCAGUGUGUGUCCAUCCUGCAUCCUGUGUGAGAUGUGCAGACACAGCCACGAUCCGAGUCACAGCCUCGUCAGAACCAAGACGCCUCUCUCCAUCCCCGAGCACGGAAUGUCAGGAGAGUUUAGGUUCCCGAGGCGAGGAGACAGAACUGUGCGCAAGGCCGAGCGACAGCGCCUCAAAGCUGAAAGAAGGCAGCUGAGAGCAGAGGUGAAGGAAAUCAAGAAGAAACUGAGACUGGAGAAGAGGGGGCUGCAGUGGAGCGGACCCUCUACCUCAGGCAGAGCCAACUUGACAAGCGUGGCCUCAGCGUCCAUCCAGGUCCCAGCCGUGUCCCCUCCUGUCGCCUCAGAAACAGCCACAGUCCAAGGCCCCAUCUCAGUCCCGCUCCCCGACCCCCAGGACUCCAGUCCAGAGGGUCCCGGGGUCUCGCACACGUCCUUGGUGCCCACUAUGGCUGCCUUGUUUCUGGAUGAAAAUCUGCCUGAUGGCACCCGUCUGGAGCCUGAUACCAAGUUCAUCAAAUACUGGAAGAUGAAGAACUCGGGCACAAUCAGCUGGACCUCAGAGACUAAG